AUGCGCCUUCCACCGCGCACACCCAGUCGGGUGUUCCUUCAAACGGCGCGGUUCUUUGCCACCAGUGCACCCACUCCCCGAAUUCCCCAGACCAUCAUCGAAAAAGUUGUACAAAAGUACUCAGUCGGCCUCCCCAAUGGCAAAGUCGUCAAGGCGGGCGACUAUGUCAUGAUUCGCCCGGAGCAUGUCAUGACGCACGACAAUACUGGACCUGUCAUAUCCAAAUUCAAGUCCAUAGGUGCAACGAAAAUCGUUGAUCCCCGGCAGACAGUAUUCACCCUCGAUCAUGACGUCCAGAACAAAUCCGACAAAAACCUUGCAAAGUAUGCUACGAUUGAAGCAUUUGCGCGAACACAUGGAAUUGACUUCUAUCCUGCUGGCCGUGGCAUUGGACACCAAGUCCUCGUAGAAGAAGGCUACGCAUUCCCUCACACCCUCACCGUCGCCUCUGAUUCUCAUUCAAACAUGUACGGAGGCGUCGCUUGCGUGGGUACGCCCAUCGUGCGCACAGAUGCGGCAGCCUUGUGGGCCACGGGGAAGACUUGGUGGCAAGUCCCUCGCAUGGUCAAGGUAGAAUUGCGGGGAAAACUUGCGCCAGGCGUCACCGGCAAGGAUGUGAUUGUCGCGCUUUGCGGGUCAUUCAAUAGCGACGAAGUCCUUAACGCUGCAAUCGAGUUUACUGGGGAGGGUAUUCCUGCACUUUCGGUCGACGACAGGCUUACAAUUUCGAACAUGACGACGGAGUGGGGCGCACUAGUAGGCGUUUUCCCUGUCGAUGACACUCUUUUGGGCUGGUACGAGAGGGCAUUGGUUAAAUUAGAUCGCAGGACGUUUGCCUCUGAGUCAAUACCGCCUCCCCCAGAACACCCACGCAUCAAUCGCCGCCGCCUUGACGCUCUUCGAGCAACCAACCUCACGUCCGAUGUCGGCGCCCAAUACUCCUCGCACCUAAUCUUUGACCUCUCCACCCUCGUCCCGCACGUCUCUGGUCCCAAUAGCGUCAAAGUCUCUACACCACUUCCCAAGCUAGAAUCCCAACAAAUUGCGAUUCAAAAAGCAUACCUGGUUUCAUGCACCAAUUCCCGCGUCUCUGAUAUUGCUGCUGCCGCGUCUGUCGUCGAGGGCAAGAGGAUUGCAGAGGGCGUCGAGUUCUACGUCGCAGCUGCGAGCUCGCAGGUGCAGGCUGAGGCGGAAAUGUUGGGGCACUGGGACAAGUUGGUUGCUGCAGGAGCCAAAGUCCUCCCAGCAGGCUGCGGACCAUGCAUUGGGCUCGGCACCGGGUUGUUGGAAGAGGGUCAGACGGGCAUCAGCGCUACGAACAGGAACUAUAAGGGACGGAUGGGUCACCCAAAAGCUCAGGCUUACCUUGCUAGUCCUGCAGUUGUUGCCGCGAGCGCUAUCAAGGGAUUCAUCUGCUCCCCCAACUCUCUCGACUCAACCUCCCUCCCUCCUGCGGGCGCACCCACAUUUUCUAUCGCAUCUGGGUCUUCGGACGCAGCAGAGGUCCUACAAGCAGAAGAACCCCUCUUCUCUGGCUUCCCCGCAGCCUUUUCAGGCCGCGUGCUCUUCGCGCCACAAGACAACCUGAAUACCGACGCACUAUACCCCGGAAAAUACACCUACCAAGACGACAUCACUCUCGAACGCCAAGCACAAGUCGUCAUGGAGAACUACGACCCGUCAUUCGCAGCCCACGUCGCUACUAUCCUCCCUUCGUUCUCCGCAUCAGACGACAGCACCAAGUCCGGUGUGGUUUUGGUAUCGGGGUAUAACUUCGGCACUGGCUCUUCUCGCGAACAGGCUGCUACCGCACUCAAGGCAGCUGGAAUCCCACUCGUCAUUGCGGGUUCAUUCGGCGACAUUUUCAAGCGUAACGCCAUCAACAACGGCCUUGUCUGCCUUGAAUGCCCUGAGCUCGUCGCUGACCUCACUGCGGCGUACGCCAAAGACGGUGCACGUGGGGCAGGUGGACGUGAAGGCGAACUUACAGUGGACAAGGGGCACGAGAUACGCGUUUCGAUGACAGACGGGAACGUUACUCUGCGUGCUUCUGACGGAGAGAAGACGUACAAAGUCCGCACGGUGGGUGCAAGUGUGCAGGAGCUGUGGGUGUGCGGUGGACUUGAGGGCUUCAUCCUCAAGUCCAUACAAGCGCAGGCGUGA